AUCAGUGGCAGUUGACAGUUGAAGCUCUGGUGGCUGAUACUAUAGUCUUGCCUUGGAAGAGCGAGCUAGUGUGCUUUGCAGCUAGUGUUAUACUUCCAGCGAUUAUCUUGUUGUUCAGAACACAAUAAAAUCUGUGCUUUUCCUGAACAUUUUUUUUAUUUAAUUUUUUCUAUUUGGUGGAUUUAUUUAACAUCUGGAGAUGAGCCGGAGAGAGCUGAGACGGCUCCUGGAGGACCAGCGAACAUGGAGCCGUCAAGGAGAUCAUGAUGAGUCAUCGCAGACCGUGUUUGAGGAGAGGCUGCGGUCUGAGCGACGCAGAGGUGUAAGAAGAACUCGUCAGAACACCCGGGAACAUCCAUCAAGCGGAGAAACAUCUCCUCGGCUACAGAGACCUCGGAGGGAGCACAGACAUCGAAGCCGCUCUCCUCUUCCUACUCCUCCGGUAGCAACAACGGACAGACCAAGCCCAGAUCCUCGCCCUGGUCCAAGCUCCCAGCAACCAGCUGAGAAUGAGCAGAAUCUUCCAGCCAUGGUGAUUGAGAUCGACGGGCAGAAUCUCUCGGCCAUGAUGAUCGAGAUUGACGAGCAGAAUCUCCUGGCCAUGAUGAUCGAGAUUGACGAGCAGAAUCUCCUGCCCAUGAUGAUCGAGAUUGACGAGCAGAAUCUCCUGGCCAUGAUGAUCGAGAUUGACCAGCAGAAUCUCCUGCCCAUGAUGAUCGAGAUUGACGAGCAGAAUCUCCUGGCCAUGAUGAUCGAGAUUGACCAGCAGAAUCUCCUGGCCAUGGUGGAAGAGAUCUACGGAUUCCAAAUGACCACCGUUGCAGAGGAUGAAGCAGCACAAUCGUGUGCUAUCUGUCUGAUGGAGUACGAAGAAGGGGAGCGAGUGAUCGUCCUGUCCUGCAGCCACAGGUAUCAUCCAAGCUGCAUCUUACAGUGGUUUGCAACAAAUCUCAGCUGUCCUCUGUGCCGCAGAGAGUGCAUCCUGAGGCCGGCCGUGUGCCUGAUCCGCUGAGUACGGCAAGAAGAGGAACAUCUAAAUCACCAUCUUCUCUCCAUUCCGUACCAUCUCCUCCACUGUCCAGUUCCAUCAGCUGACUACUAUAUCUCCUGUACUCCUACCACCCUCCUGCGGCCUAGGCUGGACAUAUCCACAGACUCCAUCACCACACUGGGCCUGAUUUAGGUCUCGACGCUGUAGCGGAACAUGCAGUCAAGUACUGAUGUUCGGUACCUUGCACAUGUGCCGGACCCAUGCAUGUGCAGUACAGGUCUAUGGCGUUGGUCAUACUACGGUAUUAGAUUAUCAGUGAUUGACGGUCUGAUGCUGCGUGAGGACGGGGAACGGGCGGUAACAGCCUCAGUUUCUCUAAAUGGAUUUGUAUCGCCGCCGUUGUUGGGGAGGGAUGGGGUUAGGAUCUCCGUCUGAGGUUGGAGAUAUCCUGGCCCCUUCAUAGUAGAUAAGGUGGCUGACUUCCGUGACUCCUUGGGUCACUCGGCCUGCUUCCAUGUAAGCAGCGCGAUAGCUCCUCCGUCCACAUAUGAAUCAGGCCCACUGUGUCCCUAUCAGCCAGUGGCCAUCUUAUGUGUGGCACUGGGGGAAUCCUAUGCAUAGCCCACAGCCAUCCUGCUUUGGACAGGAUAGUCCCACUUUUCGGGAACUGUAUGGCUGUCCCACCCACGGGGCACACUGUUCCGGGGUGGUGGGGAAUUAGGGGGAGCACUCUCACCCCUGCUCUGCAUAGCAUAGAUGCCAUGCACCCAGAAUCCACUCAGUAGCUGCGUCUAUGAAGGCAGCUGCUGAAUGAAAAUAUAUAAUGGCCAAGGAGGCGUCUUGUACAAUCAGACAUCAGCUGAUGUCUUCUCUGAUCCGCUGCUGUUCUAAGCAUUGUAUCAUCUGCAUGAGCAUCGGUCAUCUGAUAACCCUCAGGCCUCUUCACGCCAAAAAGAUGGUUCCAACAUCAGUGGCAGAACUUGAGAGUGGUGGGCCCAUGUGCAAAAAUAUGCUCUGGGCCCCCCUCCUCCACCCUAUGGGAGAUGCAGUGGGUGACAGCGAGGAGAGGCUGUGGGUGACGGAUAGAGGUAGAGGGAGACAUUGGAAAUCAAAGGGUGAUGGGGAAGGCAGAGGGUGAUGGGGAGAAGCAUAGGGUGACAAAGGAAUGCAGAGGGAGACAAGGAGAGGUAGAUGGUGAUGGAGAGGUGGUGGGUUGGUUAUAGCAAAAGGCAGAGGGUGACAGGGAGAAAUUGACAUGGAGAGGGUGACAGGGAGGUAGUGGGUGAGAAGGAGACAGUUGGUAACAGGGAGAUAGUAAGAGACAGGGAGAGGGUGACAGGGUGAUAGUGACAGGGUGAUAGUGAGUGGCAGGGAGAGGGUGACAGGGUGAUGGUGAGUGGCAGGGAGAGGGUGACAGGGUGAUAGUGAGUGGCAGGGGGAGGGUGACAGUGUGAUGGUGAGUGGCAGGGAGAGGGUGACAGGGUGAUGGUGAGUGGCAGGGAGAGAUUGACAGGGUGAUGGUGAGUGGCAGGGAGAGGGUGACAGGGUGAUAGGGAGUGUCAGGGAGAGGGAGACAGGGUGAUAGGGAGUGUCAGGGAAAGGGUGACAGGGUGAUAGUGACGGGGAAAGGGUGGCAUGUAGAUAAUUGGUGACAGGGAGAGAGUGGCAUGGAGAUAAUUGGUGACAGGGAGAGAGUGACAGUGACAGGGUGAUAGUGAGUGGCAGGGAGAUGGUAGUAUUAAGAUAGUGGGUGACAGUGACAGGGUGACAGGGCGAUAGUAUCAGUGAGAGGGUGACAGUGACAGGGAGAAAGUGGCAUGGAGAUACUGGGUGACGGAGAGGGUGACAGUAACAGGGAGAGUAUGACAGGAUGAAUGUGGGUGACAGGGUGAUACUGAGUGGUAGGGAGAGGGUGGCAUGGAGAUAGUGGGUGCUUGGGGAGGCAAUAGAGAAAAGCAAUGAAGUGGCUGCAGGCAACGUCAUUCAAAAGUUUACUUACAAUACUUCUGUGUCCAGGUCCUACAAUACUUCUGUGUCCAGGUCCAGGUCAGAUCAGCGUUGCUUGGCUGUGAGAUGGGCUGGGCUGUCUCUACAUGCAGUGGCAGGGCUGGCCUCCAUCCACUCAUCUUGGCCACGAUGCAGGGGCAGAUCUAGACUUUACUUUUAGGGGGGGUAAUUAUUUCUCCUGACUCCUCCCCUUUUCCAUGCCAACUCCUCCCCUUUACAGUGUCUUUUCUGGUGACCUGGGCCAAGCGCCCAGCAUCACUCCUUAUAUGCGGUUCAGCCCUAUGGGCCUGCCUACUUGUGGGCACGCAAACUAAUAGGGCCUAGUACCCCUUAACUGGCCAAAGGUCUAAAGCCUGACUUUUAGCCAUGGGCCUAGUAUCUGCCUACCAUGGGGCAGUUUGGAUGACCUAGGCCUAAUGCCCAGAGUCACCAUAUACACCUAUGGGGGCCACACUUAACUGAUAGGGCCUAGUGCCCUCUGACAUGCCCACAGGCCUAAGCCUGAUCUGGUCAACAGGCCUAGUGCUUGACCUCUGCGCCCUGGGCCAAAGGGCCCGCAUAGUGCGUCACAGGACUAGUGUCUGAUUUGACCCCAAGGGCCUAAUGCCCAAAAUCUGGUGGUAUAGUGGGGAAGGGGGUGACUUGCGUGUCUCACUGAGGGCCUACCUACACUGUCUUUGGCCGCCGCCCCUUCUCUGCGUUCAGGCGGCGCUGAUGAACUUCUUUCUUGAUAGCAGCAUAUUCAGUCCUCUUCCGCGGCCUCAGGAACUGCUCCCGCAGCAUCCUCUUCACUCUCAGGCCGCUGCGAUCCCUUCUUCUUUCUUCCAUGGCAUCCGUCUUCUUUGGUCCCAGCAGGGGCAGCCCAGCAUCUCCAGAAAUGCUGGGCACCCCCCCAAAGUGUUGCGCCUUCCAAAGGUCCUGUCAAUCCUACAGGGGGUUUCAUAAAACAAACUACUAUCAGACAUCGGUGCUUAUAACACUGUUGUCAUCUCGAUAAAGACGCUGCACAGCGUAGAAAUGUGUAGAAACAGUGUUUGAUAUUGGUCUGACAACCAAAAUCCAUAUUUCUAAACCCACUGCGUAUUGAUACCCGGGUUACAUCUUCCAGUGGAUUGUAUAUAACAUCAUUAUGGUACAGUUGUCUUGUCCAAUUGUAUGUAUUUAUCAUUUCUAAUAAAUACUUUUGGAUUAGAAUACGGUUCUUUCUGGUUCCAUAUAUAUGUUAUGAGAGACAUCAGUCCCUAUCAUUAUCCAGCCAUUGGGACUACAGAAGUCCAAAGAAACCUUUAUGUGCGUUGCAUCUAUAUGUUACAAGUAAGCGUACAUGUAAAAAUCUGCUCAAGUUUGCAUCUAUCACCACUUUGGGUGUCGACGUAAAGGAAUGAGAGACUUAUAAUUGGAUUGGGACCUUCCACACACUCUUCCCUUCCUUGUAUCACUGACUGGUGGA